GUUCUCACUUCUCAACUGCCCUCAUCCUCUCUUGGCUGUUCCGUCGGAGGGCGCUGGUCACCACCUCAGAAUCCGCUGCUAAACGGCCCUGUUCUCCUUAUCAUACGGUCGCCGGCGCAGCAAUGUCGAGAAGUAGAUCCCCAUCGUCCUCUUAUCACUGUCAAUUGCUUGUCGUAUUUAUUCUUCUACUUCCUUUCUUCUCACUUGCUUUAAGGCCAGUUGUACCGGAUCGGCUUGACCUUGUCAAUACAACUGAGUCCAAUGUCUCUCUGUCCCGGCCAAGAGAGGGCAGCUUCGCCGACAUGAUUGAUCGAGCUCUGGAGCACGAGUUCACUGAGCCCGAUCAAAUUGAAGUACCUGAUAAAGGAGGCUUUAACAACAGUGUAGCAGAACAGCAGGCAGUGCUGGAAACGGUGGCCAGAGUUACCAAAAAGAAUGACACGAAAGAAGAAAAGUCAUUUCAAUUCCAUCAUGUAUUCAAUUUGGACAAUGAUAAUAGAGCCGAAGAUACCCCCAUGUUAAUAGAUCGGAAGGACAAUGUAUUUAUAAUUUCUAACUUUAAAUCCAAGUAUCCAGUGCUGCAGCUAGAUUUAAGAUUAAUUUCAGACCUUGUAGUUGCAAUUGUCUCAGCAACUUGUGGCGGUGUUGCAUUUGCCUUUGCUGGACAACCGGUUAUUACUGGAUAUCUGCUAGCAGGCUCUGUAGUUGGACCUGGGGGUUUUAACUUCAUCAGUGAAAUGGUGCAGGUGGAAACUGUGGCUCAAUUUGGUGUAAUAUUUCUUCUGUUUGCAUUGGGCCUGGAGUUCUCCAUGACCAAGCUUCGAGUUGUUCGAGCAGUUGCUGUUCUAGGAGGCCUACUUCAAAUUUUUUUAUUUAUGUGCUUAUGUGGAGUUGCAGCCUUGUUAUGUGGUGGUAAAGCUUCAGAGGGAGUCUUUGUUGGUUCUUUUCUUUCUAUGUCUUCAACUGCAGUGGUCUUAAAGUAUUUGAUGGAAAAGAAUACCACCAACGUCCUUCAUGGACAAGUCACAAUUGGGACACUUAUUUUGCAGGAUUGUGCUGUUGGACUGCUAUUUGCAUUGCUUCCAGUUCUUGGUGGCACAUCAGGUGUUCUUCAUGGGGUGAUAUCCAUGACGAAACUGUUAGUGACGCUGAUUGCGUUCCUCUCAGUUCUGUCAAUUUUGUCUCGUACUUUCCUUCCAUGGUUACUUAAACUAAUGAUGAGCCUAUCAUCACAGACAAAUGAACUCUAUCAGCUGGCAUCGGUUGCAUUCUGCUUACUUGUAGCAUGGUGUAGUGAUAAGCUGGGACUAAGUCUAGAAUUGGGUUCAUUUGCUGCUGGAGUGAUGAUUGCAACCACUGAUCUAGCUCAACAUACACUAGAGCAAAUUGAACCUAUUCGCAAUCUUUUUGCUGCUCUUUUCCUUGCCAGCAUUGGAAUGCUGAUCCAUGUUCACUUCCUCUGGAGCCAUGUUGAUAUAUUGCUGGCAUCUGUUAUUUUGGUCAUUGUUGUGAAAACUGUCGUAAUUGCUGCUGUCGUGAAGGGGUUUGGAUAUAACAACAAGACCUCAGUUCUUGUUGGAAUGUCAAUGGCUCAAAUUGGAGAAUUUGCUUUUGUUCUUCUCAGCCGUGCUUCGAAUCUUCAUCUAGUGGAGGGCAAACUGUAUCUGCUUCUUCUUGGGACCACAGCUCUAAGUCUGGUUACUACUCCUUUACUUUUCAAGCUAAUCCCUGCUGUAGUGCAUCUUGGUGUGCUAUUGAGGUGGUUCUCUCCUGACAGUUUAGUGGAGAUGGGAUUUAAGGUGGAUACCCUCCGGUCAGAAAGUGGUAAGCAGAGGAUCAUUUUGAUGGACCAAGAAGCACAUGAUUCUUAGCACUAUUCUGGACAAGGGAUUUCCACAAUUGCAUGUUAAUUUUUGACGGGGUUCUCCACGAUGUUCAAAAGAAAACUAACCUAACUAACUGCGACUUCUUUCUCGAGUCAUUUGAACUCUUUCCUUGGUGAAUACUUGUGUACGUAACUGACCAGCAAUCAACGCAUCAUCCAAACCCCAGUAAUGGAAGAGCAGGGGAAGAUGGAGGAUAAAAGAGUUAAAGAAAGUUAACUGACAAGAAGGCCUACGGUUGAAGUUAUCGGGCUGCCAUUCAUUCUUAUACUCUACGUUACAUUCUUUUCUUUUUCUUUUUCUUUUUUUGGGUUUUGGGUUGGCGGGGAGUGUUUGUAAAUGUAUUAUAUGGUUUUGUUUUUUUAUGAUGUAAUUUGAAAGGGAAUUAGCCAUCGUGCUUGGUAAUUUCUGAUAGCGUAGCAUGAAUAUAUCAAAUGUUUCUUUUCUAGCCGCUUCCCCGCUGUCAAAUGUCAAUUGUAUGAUUCAGGUUUUUUUU